AUGUCUAGAACAUCCAAUUACAUUGUUCAUGCCCAUUAUAAUGGAGAGACUUUCAUCUCUGAGAAUUCGGGUUUCGGGUUUCAAAAUACAGAUCUUACCCGAUUAAUCAUGAGUAGAAAAGCAAAUUUUGUGCAUUUCAAAGAGCGCAUACAGUCAAAGAUUUUGUCUGGUCAAAUCUCGCAGAUCAUUUACAGAAGUCCUGUUUUUUUUUACAACAAUGAGGUCAAGUAUUUUCAAGAGAAAAUACUUGACAACAGCGAUGUUGAUCAAAUGUUUGAUAGUCACGAACAAUCUGGCCUCGACUAUAUCGAGGUUUAUCUGUUACUCUGCCAAACUGAACAUGAGGUUGGUGAAACAACGGAUAUAGAUGAAAUUGAUGUUGUGGACGAGGAGGAAGAAGAUCCAGAGACCAUGGUUGAUCAAAUGGUUAAUUUGUUCGGGAGCGGGGACUACACUGCAAUGACUCCCCUGCAAGACAUAGAUGAAGAGGCCUUACCAUUAAAUCAAGUGUAUUGUCCUCCUCAGCACAUGAAGAACUUGAAAUGCAGUGGCGACGAUACUUCCUCAGAUUAUUUCUACAAUCCUUCUCAACAAACUGAAAGUGUCUUGAAAGUCGGAAACCAAUACCGCACGAAAGAGGAAUGCAUGAAAGCCAUAAGAAAGUUUCAUAUGGAUAACUUUGUCGAUUUUUACAUCAAUCGGAACGACUCAAAAUGCUAUGUCGUAGUUUGUCGUAACGCAAGUUGCAAGUUUCGGUUAGCAGCGUCCUAUCGGAAAAGAAGUGAUUGUUGGGAGAUAGGUUCGAUGGAUCCACCUCAUAGUUGCACAACCAACAUCAAUCGGCAAGAUCAUGGAAAACUAAGCUCUCAAUUGAUAUCCCAAGAGAUUUUGCAUCUUGUGGGCGCGGAUCCAUCUGUGAAGGUGAGCACAAUUAUCUCUCAUGUUGUUGCACGGUUCAACUAUACCCCAUCGUAUAGGAAAGCUUGGAUAGGUAGAAUAAAAGCGGUGGAACAUGUAUAUGGGAAUUGGGAGCAUUCUUACCAUCAACUUCCACAGUAUCUACUAGCACUUCAGAAAUAUGUUCCUGGUACGGUUGUAAUAUUGGAGUCACUACCAGCAUACACUCCUGAAGGAACAUGUGUUGCUGGAAGUAGGAUAUUUUCUCGUCUCUUUUGGGCAUUUCAACCAUGUAUCAAAGGUUUUGCGUUCUGCAAACCAAUUAUACAAGUCGAUGGAACAUGGUUGUAUGGAAAAUACAAAGGAACAUUGUUGAUGGCGGUAGCACAAGACGGAAAUAAUAAUAUAUUUCCGAUUGCCUUUGCCCUGGUCGAGGGUGAGACAGGCGAAGCUUGGAGUUUCUUCCUCAGAAAUCUCAGAACACAUGUCGCACCACAACCCAACUUAUGUCUGAUUUCUGACAGACAUGCUUCUAUUGUGAGCGCCUACAACAAUCCUGCUAAUGGUUGGCACAACCCUCCUUCUGUCCAUGUCUUCUGCAUAAGACACAUUGCUUAG